ACCCGGUUGUCGUGAUGAGUCAGAGUGCUUGGUGCUGAUGCUGCUGCCAUUUCACCACCUUUGCGAGCGCAGCAUCCAUCUCUCUGCUCUCCCGGAGCCUGGGCCUACCUCGCUUUGGGCUUCCAAGACAGCGAUGCGCUCCCGACCGAGCUAAAUCGGAACCAAGCCGCACUGUCUGAGGCCUUGGCGGGGCACCCGGUCCUGCCGCCCCCGUCCCGGGCCUAGGAGACCUGCCAAGCCGCGGCCAUGGAGGCCAUCUGGCUCUACCAGUUCCGGCUCAUUGUCAUCGGGGACUCCACGGUGGGCAAGUCCUGCCUGAUCCGCCGCUUCACCGAAGGCCGCUUUGCCCAGGUUUCGGACCCCACCGUGGGGGUGGAUUUUUUCUCCCGCUUGGUGGAGAUCGAGCCAGGAAAACGCAUCAAGCUUCAGAUCUGGGAUACUGCAGGCCAAGAGAGGUUCAGAUCCAUCACUCGCGCCUACUACAGGAACUCAGUAGGUGGUCUUCUCUUAUUUGACAUUACCAACCGCAGGUCCUUCCAGAAUGUCCAUGAGUGGUUAGAAGAGACCAAAGUACACGUUCAGCCCUACCAAAUUGUAUUUGUUCUGGUGGGUCACAAGUGUGACCUGGAUACACAGAGGCAAGUGACUCGCCACGAGGCCGAGAAACUGGCUGCUGCGUACGGCAUGAAGUACAUUGAGACGUCAGCCCGAGAUGCCAUUAAUGUGGAGAAGGCCUUCACAGACCUGACCAGAGACAUAUAUGAGCUGGUUAAAAGGGGGGAGAUUACAAUCCAGGAGGGCUGGGAAGGGGUGAAGAGUGGAUUUGUACCAAAUGUGGUUCACUCUUCAGAAGAGGUUGUCAAAUCAGAGAGGAGAUGUUUGUGCUAGUCCUUUUAUUUCCAAAACAUGCUCUCCCACAUGAACUUAAAAGUGAUCAAAACAAAUAGAACCCUUAUGUGACUGAAGAAAACUCAAAACUUUGGAUACCAAGUGAGCCUCCUUUAGGGGUGGGGUGGGUGGCUUUUACAGGUUUAUGUGUGGGUGGAUGGCGAAAACUGGGUGCUCUGACUGAGGGACUGAAUUGCUGACAUGGGCUGGGCCAUACACUGUUUUGUGGCACAUAUUUGGUAGUGGCUGUUCCAUGUGCCCUUUGUGGACAUGUUAAGGGUCUGGGGUUUGGGAAGCUAGGUCCCAGGAAAACAUACCUACAGACAGGACAAUUGUUCCUUGGUAUUUCGGCUUGUUCAUAAAUCAUAACCAUAAUUAUGUAAGGGAAAAAUAGCAUAUUGGGAACAAUUAACAUAACUAACAAAGAGUAUGAGAUCUACUCAUUCAAUGAGAGCAGCUUAUGCCAAGUGUGUGUAUUAGGUUCAAUUUAAAAAUAUCAAUUUGCCUCUUAACAGUUCUUCUGUAAAAUGAGGGGCAUGGACCAGCAAUUUGAUAAGGCCCUUUCAAGGUGUGGUGUUCUAGUAAAAAGAUGUGAAUAGAAAAAGGGAGAUGACUUCACACACUAUUAUUAUGACACUUGAGAAAAUGCAUACCCUUGUGGUAGAGUUAACAUGUGUCAAAUCAGUUGUCCCAUGCAAAUUACCACAUAAAUAGCACAGGAAAACGUUGAAACCCAAACACCUGACCAUACCUGGAGUUUCACUGUUUUGGCAAUUGUAAAUUCAAAGUUAGCAGCCUGCCUACCUCUUCAGGCACCUGAGAAGCAACACAGGAAUUGCCUCUGAAAAGAGCCCUGAGGCAAACUCUUGCAAUCAAACUUGUGUGGAGCACUUGCUCAACAGUAGGCACACCUUAUAAGCAUGUUAAAGUCACUCUAGUUAUUUGAUCAUUGCAGCAGGCCUGUGAGAUUUUUUUCCCUUCACAUUUUACAGAAUAGUAAGCUUUAGUGCAAGGACACUCACUUGUUCAUGGUCAAGAACUCUUAAUAAAUAGUUCCUUUUACUAGAUCAUUAUUGUGUCAAAUGAAUAAACAAUUAUUCAUUUGUUUACUUUGUAAGAUACAUGACUAUAAAUACAUUUUCUCUCUAGGUUAGGAUAUGAUUUCCCUAUUGAUUACAACUCAGCUAUAAUCCUGAGGGAACCUGGGAAUGAAUCAAAGGAAAAGCCCAUUCAGGUAUUUUUGGCAAGAGGGCUUUAAACAAAUGAUUAAUUGCACAUGUGAAAACACAUUAGAAUUGUGUGAGCUAUAAGUGUUCUUACCACUGAAAUACAAUGAACAUUUUAUUGAAAGGAACCAAAUACAGCAAUGAGGCCUAGGAUGGGGAUAAAAUACUCACCCCUCAAUGAUCUUGGUCACCUGUCUGCUAUAUGCCUGGGGUUUGGGAAGCUAGGUCCUAGCGAGUCAUCUCUUAAUUCUCAGGAGAAUAGACAGCUAACUGAAUCAGCAAAUUGGAAUGACUUGAAGGUUCCAUUAUCUUCUUGAAAAAAAGCAAUGCUUUAAAUUACUUUUGGGAUUGUAGCCAGUUCAGCUAGGCAAAAGCCAUACUUUUCACAGUAAGAAAACUAUUCUGAUUAGGGUAAGGUUUCUCAUAUGCAUUGUGGUAGGAAAGCAUAAGAAUGGCAAAUUGUUUCUGAGAUGUGAUGUUGAACUUCAGUAUGAAUGUGACUGAAUCUGAAAGUUUGGGAAUUUGCUCCAGCCAGAAUAACGAAGCCAAACAAUGAAAAUUCUGAGAGACCAUUCUGUCACCUGUGCCCCAACUUGGAUGAGCACCAUGGACCAAUUCACAGCAUCAACUACAAGUGAACUGAUCAUUUUCUCUAUAUUCAUUUCACAUGACCUGGCUUGGGUGGCACCCUUAAAUUGUUAGCUUCUUGGUGGUCGAGGCAAAUAAAAGUUGGUUAAUUGGGUCAACAAAAAUGUCAACUACUAUAAUUAAUUAUAUUUGGAAGAUUCAGAAAGCAAGAUUAUCCAGUGGAUAAAUGAGAGUCAACUGGAUACUUGUUAGUUAAAAAAAAGAAUAGAAACAAAGCUAUAUAGUUUUCUUGACUGAAAUACAUUAUAUGUAUACUUUCCCAUUUCUGACAUUUAAAAAGCAGAUUUUAAAUACUCAGCAUAGAUCCCAGCAGAGAUGGCUGAAUUUAAUUGCUUAAAUAAGUUCUAGAAACUUAAAAAAAACAUUUUAGUAGAAUUCAGUGCUAUUGUCACUGCAGCAAGUGGGUUUUAGAACAUAAGUGUGAAAAAAUCAGGUGUUACUAUAAUACAAGGAUAAAGCUUUAGAAGCUAUUUUACUACGUAGGUAAAGAACAGAUUAACUUGUAACAAAGAACACAACUGCAUGUUGGAUUAGAUUGUCUUAUAUUCCAGAAUAAAAUGUAUUGUAUACUUUUCCUCACUUUGUUGUACACUGUAAUGAAAUGUGAAAAAAAUCUUUAUUUAGCUGUAUGUGAAUGAAAAUAUGCCUGUAUUUAGUAAAAUGGUUGAUUAUGUGAUUGUGAGAUUCCAAGUGUGUGUUGUAGCUAUUUCCAGAAUCUUUCACUUCAGUGUAGCAACCAUUAUCAAGGAUAUCAAUAAGAUAUGAUAUAUAGUUUGCACAACCAGAUUCAUCAGUAACUCAAAGCCAGAAAGAAAACAUGAUUUUUCAAAGUAAUAUGACCAUCAUAUCAAAAGACACAGAAGCAAGCCUCACUACUUCUUGGUCAGCACAUUAUCAUGAGAAAAGCUGGUUCUGUCAAGGCUAAAUCUUCAUCAUUGCAAUUUUUAAUCAAAGGCCUUAAUUCUCUCCCCAGGUAGUUGCCUGUACUGGCUUCCUGGAAAGUCUUUUUCUCUAGGCUAAAUUGCCUCAGCCCUACUAUGGUGUACUUUUCAUGUCAGUAUCAUUUGGAGUAGGAGGGCUCAAAUUGGAACACAGUCAUUUAAUAUAGUUCCUAAGAUGGACAGUACACAUACAGUGGAGGAUAUAACAGGGAAAGCCACAUGAUUAUGAGCCUGGACAUAGAUUUAUUCACUUUUAUAACCAUGAACAAAUGAAGGGAAGGAAGAAGAAAAUGCAGUGUCACAGCAUCUGAUAUACUGCAUCACUUCUUAAGAUACCCCCAAGGGCUUGAUCAUCUUUUCUUCAUUUAUAUUAAUUUCUUUGGUGACCUCAUGGCUUUAAAUAUCAUCUAUAAGCCAAGAGGUCCUGAAUUUAUAAAUCCAGCUUGUUUCUUCCAUGAACUACUGGCCCUUAUAACUAAAUGCCUACCUGACAGCUCCAUUUGAGUAUUUAUUAGGUGUUACAAAUUUAACAUGUCAAAAAUCAAGCUCCUAGUCUUCCUCCCCACUCUGAUUAUUCCAUGGCCUUUCUUUUUUUCAGUAGAUGGUAACUUUUUUUCUAUAUAUUUCUGCCAAAAAACAUUAAGAGUCAUUCAUCCUUUACUCCUUUCUUUCAUCUAAUAAAGUCAGUCUACAUCUGAUCUGGAAAUUUCACUGGCUUUUGCCUUAAAAGUAUAACCAGAAUCUGAUACUUUUUCAACAUUUUCACUGCUAACACACUGGUGUUGGCCACUAUCACUUGAUAUUUGACUUAUUGUGAUAUCUGUUCUCCCUGCAGCUUCUGUUCUUCCACCUCACUGUUCUCCUACUUAAUCUGCUCCAUACACAGCAGCCAGAGGGAGCCUGGCAAACAUUAGUUAUAAUUACUCAUAAUUGUACAAUUGUUAUCCAUUUCACUGUUUUAAAUACAAAGUUCUUCCAAUGACUUGUAGGAGAGCCCUUAGAAAUGAAUUCCAUUUCUACACUUAUCACUACUGUUACCCUAUUUCUUACUGCUGAACCCUUCUUCAUUUUACUUCAACUAGUUUCUUGUUCUUCAAAUGCACCAAGCACAUUCUCACCUCAGGGCCUUCGUACUUGCUCUUCUAUCUAUCUAUAAUUCGUUUACCCAAGAUACUUAACAUAGAUUGCUCUCCUUGCAUCCAUGAAGUCCAAACUCCAGACUCUAGGUAAGAUGUGGCUCUAGAAGUCAUUGCUGACAGCCUGGAGUCUUACUUUAAUAUCCCCUGGGAACAACAAAGUUUAGGGUACAAAGGGAAAGAAAACUUAGAAAAAGACAAUGGAAACCCUGAACAGUAUAGUUUCAUAGGAAGAAAUGGACAAAAGUAUUACAAUUCAGCCAUUGGUUUAGGAUGAUAAGAACUGAAAUGUACCCACAGAACUUUGGGGAGUCAUUUGCCAACAUGUGGUUGGUAAUAUAAUUCCUGCCUUCACCAAGCCUCUCAGGAAACUGGUGUUCUCAGUUCUGUCAGAGGACCAAUUCUUUUUUAUGGCUAUUCAUCCUCUCCACUACAACCAUACCCAUUCUCAUAACUUCAGUUAUUGUCUGUACCUUGCUAAAUCUCAAGUAAAGGACUUCAGUCUACUCUUCUUUGUUUUACGCUGUUACAGCUAUCUUUCCUAUUACACACAACCACAAAUUCCUCAAACUUACAAUAUCCAAUACUAAAACCAAUAUCCAUAAAAAUCUUCUCUAUCCAUCCUAGUCUGUCAUCUCUUUUCCUCUCUUCCACCAUCUAUAGCCUUGCCCAACACAGAAACUUAAGAAUUUACCCAUAAUUCCUCACUUGUCUUUACCUCUCAUAUCUAAUUCAUCAAGAACUGUUAAUCUGUCUUUAAAAUAUGUCUGUCCACCAUUUACCCCCAUUUCCAUCUUUGUCCAAGCCACUAGCAUCUCUUAACCUACUUUGGUAUCUUGCUAAUUCAUCUCCUUAUUUCUGCUCUUUUUCACACACUCAGGAUUCCUAACAUAACAGAUUAAUCUUUUCACAACAUGCCAUAGCAAGUCAUUGCCCUCCUUAAAUUCCACUGAUGGUUUCUCAUCACAUUUGGAACAAAAGCCAGAUAAAUCUUACAUUUCUUCACAUGGCUACAAGGCCCAGCAUGAUAUGGCCUCUCAUAUGAGAUCAUCUUGUUCACCAGUAUUUAUCCAAACUAUAGCAUGGAUAUGUGCUUGAAUAACCAAUAACUAUGAUUUUCUUGUCCUACUUAAAUCUGCUGACCUUGACUCUUCACUUCAGUAAAAUCUACACAUGGCUCUGUCCUGAAGCACUACUAAAUUUUAUGCAGCCUCUGAAAUUCUCUAAUUAAAAGCUCUAGUUGUCUAUCAUCUCCCAUGAGCCAUGAUUUAAGUUUUUUUUACAACCUUCAGGCAAUCAACUAUUUCCCACUGCCAGUUUAUCAAUGUACCCUUCACUUUGUCAUCCUCCUUCCUUCUCUUGGCUCUUGUCAUCAGUAGCAUUCAUCCAUCAGUUCCUAAAGAUGAUGGUUUAAGGUUUGGUCCAUUUCUUUCUAGAUUUUUAAAUUUCACUUUUCAAAAAAUUAUUUUACAAAUAAAGGGUAUGUAUUUUGGAGUAAGACUGACCCAAGUUCAAAUUCUGACUCUACCAGAAACUAUAUGUGUGAUUUAAUAUCAUUGAGUCCCAGUAUAUCCACACAUAUAACUGGGUAAUAGUAGUAGUUAACUUGUAAGGUUGUUGAGGAUUAAUUUAUAUAUUCUAUAUAAAGGUAUUUGUUAAACAUCACAUGAUACUCAGAAAAUGUUAGGUAUUAUGAUAUGUUUACACCUAAAUGAAUGUUUUUCAUAAAUGUAAUCAUGUAAUCCAUACUGUUACUACUUUUUUCACAUACAGUAUAUUUUCUGUAAAUAUAUGAGGUUAGGGGCUAUUAUGCCCAUCUUUGCUAAUUACUGUAAACUACAAUCGGUCAGUACCUGUACAUAUUUGUGGAAUGUGACCAGAUGGAAAGUUAAUUACCAUACUAAAGAUAGCAGAGAUUGAAGAAAACUGGGUCCUUGAUAUCAUUUUGUGAUGGGUUUAACUACACUGGAGCCACCUUCCUUAUAUGAAGACUGUUUGUAACAUGAGAUAGUAAAUCCCCUUCAGUUUAUUCCACUUUUCCAAGUUUUCUGAUAUAAUACCAUCACUGUAUGAACGUAUAGUAGUUUAUUUAAUCAAUCCUCAUUAGAUUGUAAUUCUUUGCUGUUAUAAAUUACUUUAUCAAUUCUACAAUGAUAUAUAUUUGUGUAUUUGACCAAUUAUGUCCUCAAAUCAAAAUCCUAGAAGUAGAAUUUAUGAAUCAAAAAAUAUAGUUCAGAUUGCUCUUCAGAAACAAUUUACUAAAUGUCUAUGGGCAGUGUAAUAUUUACAUUAGGCAUUAUUGUCAAAUUUUUAAAUCUUUGAAAAAACAGAGAAGUAAAUAAUGUAUCAGUAUUUUUAUUUUUUGUAUUUUGGGUACCAGGAAUAGAACUCAGGACCUUGUGCUUGCCAGGCAGGCGCUUAUGUCACUGAGCUAUAUCCCCGGUCUUCAGUAUUCUUAAAUGUACCUAUCUUUGUUUUUCUGUUUCUUGCAGCCAAAAGUAUUCCUUAAAGGGUGCUUAACUUUUUUCUUAUAUUAGUAAGAUUUCCCUAGAUAUAAGGAAAUUAGUUCUUCAUACAUCACAUACGUUACAAUUUUUUCUGGUUUUUCAGACAUUUUAAACUUUCAGCUAUUUGGCAAUAUAGAAGUAUCUAAUAUUCAGUGAGCAAAUCUAUUGUCUAUAAGAAAUUAGAAACACUCUUUAAAUGGUUGGAGGACAUAGUAUGAAAGAACUUUCACUGUAUAAGAUUUUCUACCUUUUGAUUUUUGUACAUGUAUCCUAUGCUACUUUUCUUGUAUCAUGUUGUCUUAAAGUUUUGUAACAAUAAUGUUAGGUGUAAAUAGGUCUUCUCUAUCCAAAACUUAGAAAACCAUUUUUCUAUAAUUUCCUAUAAUGAAUUUGGGAUUCCCUAAGAAUUAUGUAUAGGAUGUCGAAAUGAGGACAACUAUUUUUCCAAGUGAAUAGCUACUUGUCUAUGCACCAUCUGUAAAAUACUUCUUUAAUGACUGGGAAUUCUACCCUUUUGAAAUAUUAAAUUUUCAUAUAUGUCCAAGUUGUUUAAAUUUACUAGUCUUUCUACUCCUGCCCUAAUACUACAUUCUUUUAGUUAAAGUCACUCAACAGUAGGACUUUAUCUUUUCUCUUUAAAUUGCCUUUGCUAUUCUCAUGCAGUAUAUUAAAUCUUGAGAAUAAAUGUGUCAAGUUUCUCCUGAGGUAAUGUUGGAUUUUUAUGGAAAUUGCAUUAGUUUGUUGACAUUGAUAUGUGGCAGACACAAACAUCUUUAAAAGAAUUAUAUAUCAUUCCAUUAUUUAAUCCUUUAUGUCCAUCAGUAACUUUUUAAAUUUUUCUGUUUAGCCAUUUCCUAUUUAUUCCUAUUUUAUAACUUCUAGUAAUUGAAUGAGUUCUUUUACUAGAUGCAUGUUUUAAUUUCUUGUCAUUAGUGUGUACAAAAAUCUUGAUUUGUUUAUAUCUUAUAACCAAAUAUCUUACUAAGUUUGCUUAUUUUAAAUGUUUUUUCAACUAAUCUCUUUGUUUUCCAGGUAAGAUAUCAUAGUCUAAAAAUAAUGUUAUUCUUUUUAAUAUUUAUACUUCAAUUUUUGUUGAUUUACAGUGAUUACAAUUUAAAAUUGUGAAUAAUAGCAGUGAUGGUGGGUACUUUUCUUUUUCCUUCUUUCCAGCAUUUCAAUCGUGUUAUUUUUACUAGGCCAUACAAUUCUUCAUUACAUCACUACUUUACCAAGUGCUUUUAGAAAGAAUGUGGUUUUUUUUUUUCAGUAUCUUUCUUGUAUCCCUUAAGAAAAUCAAAUUAUUUUCUUUCUUUUAAUCUAUUUAUGCAAUUAAUUAUAUUAGGAAAUGUUUAUGUUUAACCAUAUUUUACCACAUUCUUAGAAUAAAUGCCUUUGUUCAUUUUUAAAA